AUGGAUCGCAAGUCCCUCCUAACGGUUACAAUGAUCUGCAUUGUCUUCGCCGGUGUCGGUGGGCAAUCUCCGAUCUCCUCUCCGACUAGUUCUCCCGCCGCUCCAACUACUUCCCCUACUAAAUCCCCCGCCGUUACUUCUCCCUCCUCUCCAGCGGCGGCUCCGGCGACAACUCCGGCUUCUUCACCCGUCGAGUCACCGAAAACUCUGGCUUCUUCACCCGUCGACUCACCGAAAUCUCCGGCCCCUGUAAGCUCUUCUCCGCCGCCGGCUUCUGUUCCUGAGAGCUCUCCUCCAGCUCCUGCACCCAAACCCUCUGCUCCGGUAAGUUCACCACCGGUCCCCGCACCAGAAGCUGAUACUCCUCCGGCUCCGGUAGCAGCUCCGGUCGCUGAUGUGCCAGCUCCGGCUCCAAGCAAGCACAAGAAGAAGACGAAGAAGAAGCAUCAAAACGCACCGGCUCCGGCUCCCGAACUUCUCGGUCCACCUGCACCACCGAUGGAAUCUCCCGGUCCUAACUCCGACGCAUUUUCUCCCGGUCCGUCCACAUCCGCCGACGAUCAGAGUGGAGCAGAGAGCACAAGUGUGUUGCGGAAUGUAGCGGUGGGAGCAGCUGCAACCGCGUGGGCCGUUCUUGUUAUGGCGUUUUAA